AUCUGGAUCAACGAAAAUGAGUGGUUUCUGUGAACACAAACCACAUCUCCACAUUAUCAAAAUUUUCCAGGAAAAUUGGAAAAUCAAAACCCAACAGUUUUUGAAUCCCAUUCUCCAUUUUUAGUGGCAUUUUAGAAUCUCCAGCAGGAGAGAUUUAGAAGAGGGUGAGAAUAUUUCAUUCCUGUUUAGUGGUUCCAUAGCCAUGGCCUCAACUUCCUCCACCACACUCUACAUCUCUUCCUCAUCCACCCUUGUCGACGCCAAGGCUCCUCGCCAACCGACUGCCGCUUCGCCGCAAUGUGUCACCAUUCCUACCCUCACUCCUCCUCCCGUCUCGUCUCAAACCCGCCCCUGGAAGACCACUGCUUACUGUCGCAAGAUUGCUCGGAAUGUGAUGGCUAUGGCGACAGGAGAGGCUCCGGCAGAAGUUGCAGCCACUGAACUACCGGAGGUUGUGAAGACAGUCCAAGAAGCUUGGGAUAAGGUUGAAGACAAAUAUGCUGUGACCUCACUUGCUCUUGCUGGCGUUGUUGCCCUCUGGGGAUCUACCGGGAUGAUCUCGGCAAUUGAUAGGCUUCCUUUGAUUCCCGGUGCUCUGGAGAUUGUUGGCAUUGGCUACACAGGGUGGUUUGCAUACAAGAACCUCGUUUUCAAACCGGACAGGGAAGCUUUGAUACAGAAAAUAAGGGACAUAUACCAAGAAAUAAUCGGAAGCAGCUAGAGCCGAGAUGAGGGUGAACUUUUGGUUCGUGAAGCAGAAUUAUUCGUGGAGAUUGCAAAUGCGCUUCUUUUUUUUUUUUAAUUAGCACAAGUUCUAACCGGAGAAAACUUGAAUAAUGUGCUUUUGCCCUGGACAAUCAAAUACAUGUAUAUUGCUAUUUUUCUUGUGUUUCCUUUCCUCCUUGUAGCCCUACUCUUUAAUGCUAAUAAUCAUCUUCUUUUGUG